GCUGGCUUCAGGCGGCGCUGCCGGCGCGCAGCGAGCGAUCGCCCUGCGCGCCUUUGGAUGUAAAUCUUAGGGGACCGUCGCCCCCCUCAACGGCUUGUGUCUCCGCGAACCAGAGCCCAGAGUAAGGAACCCUGGGGACUUUGGGGCGGUUUUACUUCUCCCGCAACGUUUUUCGUCAGAGACCGUGGAAGAGGCCCUACCGCUGGUGCCUUUCUUCAGUUUCCUCAAAUUAUAACUCCACCAGCCCUGCGAAGCGCCGGACCUCCCCCCUCCAGCAACAUGGUGCUAACUCGGAUGUCUGCGAGAUCCGUUGUGGCGUUUACAGGGCUUUCCCUUAAAUUUAUGGACAGUACACUCGAAAUUAAUUUUCUGGCACUUGGAUAUCAGUUUAUUUAGUUAAAAACAUGUGACUUUGUUGCCAGUUCACCCAUUGCCACUUGGACUUCAUCAACCUUAAAAAUAAAACUCAGUUAUUUUAACCAGCGAAAAACGGGCUUGUCUGGGAACACCAGAGAAUUGCAAUUCAGGACUAAGGAGACCCGGCAAAACCUUAGCCUCCUUGUCAGCGGAGCCGUAAGGUGAACCCCAGGAAGAUCCCAGCCCUGUACACGUGGGGCAGAGCCAGCCACGAGGCUCGGAGAGGCCAGAGCUGUUGCUCUGUGCAGCCCACUCAAGGAUGUCUCCCAGCCUUCAAGAAGACGCUCAGCUCAGGGAAAGCAAACCGUCUCCCUGCUCCUUUUCAAUUGAGAGCAUCUUAGGUCUGGACCAGAAGAAAGACUGCGUUCCAUCACUGAAACCUCACAGGCCCUGGGCAGACAGCUGCAGCAACUCAGGGAAAGAUGUUAACCUAUGUCUACAUGUUCCAAGCCUUCCUAAUGGGAUCUCACUCCCUGGUACUAUGGAUCACCCAGUACCAGAAGAAAGAGUUUUGAAAUUCGAAAAUUACUUCUCAGCCUCAGAAACACUGUCUUUGAGAAAAGAGUUGAGUUGGUAUAGAGGCCGAAGACCAAGAACUGCUUUUACUCAAAACCAGAUUGAAGUGUUGGAAAAUGUCUUUAGAGUAAACUGCUACCCCGGCAUUGAUAUCAGAGAAGACUUAGCUCAAAAACUGAAUCUAGAAGAGGAUAGAAUCCAGAUCUGGUUCCAAAAUCGGCGUGCAAAGCUGAAAAGAUCCCACAGAGAAUCACAGUUCCUAAUGACAAAAAAAAAUUUCAACACAAAUAAUCUGUAAUAGAUGGAAAACAAAACAUGUGAGAUCAUCUUGCAGCUGCAGAACAUGAAGAAUCAAUGGUCAUCCCAAGUGUUAAAAAUGUGACUUUUUUCUGCAUUUAAUCUGAGUAUUGUCAUUUUUUUCUGAAAACAUAUAAAUAAUUACUGUUAUAACAUGGCAGCUAUUAUAGUUGGGCACUUUUAGUUACAGUAAAAGCCUUGCCUAUAUAUUUUAAUAAACAUUUUCAGAAAAAGCCAACUAUUUUUUAAGUGAGUAUAUUUAACCUAAUAAAUUAGUUUCUAAAAUCAGUGAUCGCAUGACUGACUGACUCCAUAAACUGAAUUCCAUUUACAGAACAAUUCAAGUAAAAUAAUCUGAAGAAUGGCA